AUGGCGUCGAAAGUUUUAAUAUCAGAGGAAGAUUUAACCUGUCCUGUGUGCUGUGACAUCUUCAGGGAUCCUGUUGUCCUGUCAUGUAGUCACAGUGUGUGUAAAGACUGUCUGCAAAAGUUCUGUGCAGCCAAAAGAUUUCAGGAGUGUCCAAUUUGUAGGAAAAGAUCAUCAAAAGAUCAGCCUCCUUCCAACCUGGCUCUAAAGAACCUGUGUGAGACUUUCUUACAGGACAGAGGUCAGGGAUCUUCAUCAGGGUCUGGGGAGCUCUGCAGUCUGCACGGUGAGAAACUCAAACUCUUCUGUCUGGAGGAUAAACAGCCUGUGUGUUUGGUGUGUCGAGAUUCAGAGAAACACACAAACCACAAAAUCCGUCCAGUAGAUGAAACUGCUCCUGGUUACAGGGAUGAACUGAAGACUUCACUGAAGCCCUUACAGGAGAAACUGGAUAUCUUCAAAAAGGUCAAAAUGACCUGUGAUAAAACAGCAAAACACAUUAAGAUCCAGGCCCAACUCACAGAAAGUCAAAUUAAAUUGGAGUUUGAGAAACUUCACCAGUUUCUCCAAGAUGAAGAGACAGUCAGGAUAACUGCACUGAGAGAGGAAGAGGAGCAGAAGAGUCAGAUGAUGAAGGAGAAGAUUGAAGAGAUGAGUAGAGAGAUAUCAUCUCUUUCAGACGCAAUCAGAGUCAUAGAAGAGGAAUUAGGAACCAGUGAUGUAUCAUUCUUGAUGAACUUCAAGAGCACAAUGAAAAGAGCCCAGUGCACACUGCAGGAUCCAGAGGUGCUUUCAGGAGCACUGGUCAAUGUGGCAGAGCACCUGGGCAACCUGAAGUUCAGAGUGUGGGAGAAGAUGCAGGGCAUUGUUCAGUACACUCCUGUGAUUCUGGACCCCAACACUGCAAGCCAGUGGCUAAUCCUGUCUGAGGAUCUGACCAGUGUGAGAUACAGUGAUGAGGAACAGCAGGUUCCUGAUAACCCAGAGAGAUUUGAUGAAUAUAUGUGCGUUCUGGGCUCUGAGGGCUUUAACUCAGGGACACACUGCUGGGAUGUUGAUGUUGGGGACAAUACUGAAUGGGCCUUGGGUGUGACCACAGAGUCAAACCAGAAGGGAGACACAUUCUUUAACACUGGUGUCUGGUGUGUUGAGUUAGAUGAUCUUGGUGAAUACAGGUCAAAGGCCUCAGGAGAGUCAUAUGUUCCCAUGGCAGUGAAUGAUGAAGUCCAGAGGGUCAGAGUGAAGCUGGACUGGGACAGAGGAAAACUCUCAUUCUCUGAUCCUCUAAAUAAAACACUCCUACACACCUUCACACUCACUUUUACUGAGAGAAUGUUUCCAUUCUUCUAUAAUUACUGUAAACGCUCUCCUCUGAGGAUCUUACCAGUGAGGUGUUAUGUAACAGUGAAACAGCACAGUUAG